ACAACCUGCCAGCCUUAAAGAAAAUUACCUCUCAGGUUUUGCUAAUAAAGCGGUUGUUAGUUCAGUAAGAAGCCGUUUGUUAAGAUGCAACAGUCAGACUUAACUAAAGUACCACCAAUGAGCUCAAGAGAGGAUCCAGGAGGAGAUUGUUUUGUUUGGGUCCAAAAGAGAGACCUGGAGAGGCUGUGCACGCAGGUCAUGCAGCUACGGGAAUUUCUGCCUAAGGUCAUUACUGGUGAUUUUCUGGACGCCCUGCACAAAGCCCGCUCUUUGGACACACUUAGGGAACAGAACCAGGAGCAGCAGCAGCAGCUCAAGCAGGAGUGUUUGCACCUCUGCUCCCGCCUUGAUGCAGCACAGUCCGAGUGCCAGAGAGAGAGAGAGGAGAAACUAGCGCUAAGGGAGCGGUUAUGGCAGAGCCGCGAACAGUUGCUGCAGCAGGCGGAGUUCUGUACAGACCUGGGCGCCGCUACCUGCACUGUACUCUGGAGUGCUUCCCGGAGAGAAGAGGCUGUAAGAGACAUACUGGCUGAUGGGAAACUGGAACCAUUUCUAAGUGUAGCAGGUCAAACCCUGGAGAGUUUCGUGAAAUCUCUAGACGAGGAGGAAAAACCCCAGCAGCAGAACUACAAUUCCCAUGAGCACCAGUUUGUGCUCGCGUUGGCUGGUGUCAUUACCAAUUUGGCGGCUGUGACUUGUGGGAGGGACUUCAUUUCCAGCUCUGCACAUGUCUUGUUGGACACUCUGGUGCAGCUGCUUGGGUUAAUGAAGUCUGGGGUCUUUCCAAAGCUCAAAGUGCUGAUGCUGAUGGCUUUGUACAACGUCAGCCUCAGCGUAAAUGGACUGACGUACAUCAGCGAGAGUCCUGCACUCCUGCCUCUUAUAUGCACCCUGCUUGAAGACCAGGACUCAGAGGUGUGUCUGCAGGCCCUGCGGCUGCUCCAGUCUCUACUAGUGGAGGGUGACUUAUCGGUCCAACUCAGCCCAAACCUACAGCAUUCCCUUCCACUGGAGAGAAUCCAUCAGCUGGCCUCAAGCCGUCACUCAGCCCUCAGACAGACAGCUCAGGAGAUGUUGGAGGACAUCAAUUGCAUCAGCAAAAUUAAUCACACAGCCAUAGAGAAAGAACAGUGAUGUAGUGGACACCAAAAAAAAAACCUUGUACUCAUCCCUGUCCUACACACAGACUUUCUUUUUUUGUGUGGGACAAAUUCAGCUCUUAUAAUCCUGUAUCUGUAGCUAGUGUAAUCAUUUGAAACGUAUCGGGGGUCACAGGGCCCGCUGAGAUAUGGCUCCUUGUACUGUAGGUCUGAUCUCCUGAUUAGCAUAAUGAUAAUGGUAGUAAUGGCUAAAGUCUUUGUCUGUUACGAGUUGUACUGGUUAAGAAUAACGUUUUUUACAUCUUUAUUUGUUUUCUAAUGUAUGCAGGACUGUAGUACUAGCUGUUUUGACUUACCUAAAGUUGGUUAAUGUUCUUAUUUUGCUGUUCUGUGUAUUAGAAGUGUUUUUAAAAUGUUUUGAAACAAAUUAAAGGUUUUGUUUUUGCACUGUU